AACAAUUUCAUUUCAUAACUAUUUUAUGCGUACCCUCUCGUCCUAAAUGUGGCAUUAACUCAGAAACUCUUUGUUCAAAAAAAAAAAAAAAAAUGGAGAUCAAGUUGCUACUGCUUCUUGUUCUUGAGCUUCUUCCUCUUGCGUUCAUUAAGCAUGCUUGUUCAAGAUCUACCGUCAGAUAUCUCCCUGGUUUCCAAGGCCCUCUUCCUUUCGAGCUUGAAACAGGGUACAUAGGUGUUGGUGAGGCAGAGGAAGACCAGUUGUUCUACUACUUCAUCAAAUCUGAGAGAAACCCAGAAGAGGACCCUCUUCUUAUCUGGUUAAGUGGAGGACCUGGCUGCUCUUCUCUCUCUGGCCUUCUUUUUGAGAAUGGGCCUCUGUCUUUCAACAUUGAGUCUGACAAUGGAGAUAUCCCAUCAUUGGUCUCUACUACAUAUUCAUGGACUAAGGUGGCGAAUAUAAUCUAUUUGGAUCAGCCUGUUGGGACUGGCUUCUCUUACUCAAGAAACCCACUUGCUGAUAUACCAAGUGACAUAAGAUCAGCAAAGUUGGUCAAUGAGUUUGUUCAUAAUUGGCUAGCUAAGCAUCCUGAGUAUUAUUCAAAUCCUUUCUAUGUCACCGGAAACUCUUACUCCGGUAUAGUGGUUCCGGCCAUCGUUCAAGAAAUUUCAAAGGAAAAUGGUUUAUGUUGUAAACCUCUAGUAAAUCUUCAGGGUUACGUGCUGGGAAAUCCUGUAACAGAUUUUGAUAAUAAUGAUAACUGGCGCAUUCCAUUUGCUCAUGGAAUGGCUCUGAUCUCUGAUGAAAACUACCAGCUUCUGAGGAGAAGUUGUAGAGGAAACUGUAUUAUAGUGGAUCCUCUUAACACAGAUUGCUUGAAAUCCGUUCAAGAGUUUGAGAAUUGUGUUUCUGGAUUAGAUGUAACAUAUAUUCUAGGACUAAAGUAUGUAAACGCAUCUGAUCCGUAUGUAAGCAAUCCCUCUGAGCAUCGCAUGUCUGUGCAAUCUAACUGUUGGGCCAAUGAUGAGAGUGUGCGCAGAGCUCUUCAUGUGGAGAAGGGGAGUAUAGGAGAAUGGUUAAGAUGUUAUAGGGAAAUACCUUACAAAUUUGACAUUAGAAGCAGCGUACCAUACCAUAAGAACAACAGCAUUCAAGGAUACCGAUCUCUCAUCUUCAGUGGUGAUCACGACAUGUACGUACCUUUUCUUGCAACUCAAGACUGGAUAAGAUCACUCAACUAUUCCAUUAUUGAUGACUGGAGGCCGUGGAUGAUUCACAAUCAAGUCGCUGGAUACACAAGGACUUAUGCUAAUAAUAUGACAUUUGCCACUGUGAAAGGAGGCGGGCACACGAUGGUGUAUAAACCUGAGGAGUGCUCUGUCAUGUUCGAGAGAUGGAUUAAUGGCCAGCCUCUGUAACAUUCUCCUAUCAGCGAUUUGGUUGGAAACGCCAACUUUUCUCAUGCCCAUAUGCCAUAAAGCAAUUUUCUAUGGACCUUUCAAAUCUCUUAUGCCUCGAUUGAUUUAAUGAAACAUGAAUAUUCUAUUUUUCUUUUUUGUAUUUUUGAAUUAUUAAAAAAAAAAUUCAAAAUUCAAAUUUUCAAA